AUGGAUGACGCCCCUCCUCCAAAGAAGAAAUCUCGCUUCUUCAGCAACGGCAAAAGUAAGAUAGGCGGCAUUCUUCCUUCCAAGAAAGGCUCAGAGACAGACGACUCACCUCAGACGAAUAGCACUCCAUCUCUUCCUUCCAGCUCUAACAACAAAGCGAACUCAAACAAUUCUUCUCAUUCCCCAUCAGCAACCAACCCAAUCAUUGGGCAGGGUAGAUCUUCCCAUCGAGAAUCCCCUCGCCAGCUGCUCUCAGACAGUGAUGCAGAAACCGAUAUUGACGAGAGCGAAAAUGGCAAACAAGAUCGGGGCUGGGGCUCAAGAAGCGAUGAAGAAAAUACAAAACCUGCCAGCUCCACCUUAGCCACACCGGACCUGGAUAAGCUGAGCAUCAGAAACAAGCGAAGAGAUGGAGUUUAUGGCCUCGGAUCUCUUCUGCCACAACAGCAACCAAACUCCGGUCCCAGUCAACCACCACCACCUCCUCCAUUCCAACCAUCUCUACCAACGACACUCUACGUCGACAUGGACCGCGACGAGCAUGGCCGACUCCUACCAAACCCCCCUCCAUUCCCGCGAGACUUUGGUGGACUUGGCCCUGGUACUCGUGCUCAGCAACCACUAUCCGCGGCAUACAAUUACAGUACCACAAGAAAUCGAAUCGAAGCAAUGCGAUCCUUCCAACCAGCUCCAUACCUAGCGAAUCCCGAGUCCCUAGUCCCCGAACACCUGUACAUGUCUCCCCACCGGCUCGAACGCGCAAGUCGUCACGCCCGCAUAUCCUCGAAACGUAAGCGGCCCGAGAACAUCUUCCCGCCUCCACCGUACGUGUAUCAACGCACCAGCGAUCCCAACUUCAACAUCUUCAACGGCGUCCUCUUGUACCCGGAACUCGUCUUCGCCCUCGCCAGCGUCCUUCCCGUUAAGGAUCUCAUCAGCCUGUACGCAAUCAGCCGAGACUUUCACACGAUCCUCGACACGCGCUUCACGACAGUCGUCCUCACUCAGGCCAUGAACAAAGCGCCUGAGAGCGCCCGCACAUUCGUCUUUCGCAGCUACUCGCGACUCAGCCGAACAGACCCGGCUACGCAGAUCCCACACCCUCGCGCGGCCUUAGCUGCACGCCACGUCCCCCGCUUGAUCCCCUCGUUCCGCUGGCUCAAGAUGAUCAUCCACCGCGAGAAAGUCGUGCACGAAAUCAUGGCCGUGUUUGCGGAAGACGGCAUCCCCUUACCGUUCCGCUGCCGCCUCGCGCUCAAGCGGCUCUGGUACCUGCUUGACGUGCCCGAUAACGCGCGCCGCAUCGGGCUCGUGCACAAUCGACGUCUCCUCACGGACCUCGACAUUUUCUUUGCCAUGUGCUUCUUCGUCAAACUCGACAUGCGCCUCAACGACCCAGUCGCCAGCGAAAAACACGACGAUAUGCGCAAACUGCUCAUGUCGCAGAAAAGCCUGACGACAGUCCUGCGUGUCCUCCGUCGCGAUCUGUGGACGACCCGCUUGGACAUACUCCGCGAGUGGGUCAAGCUCAAGUACACGCCAGCCGAAGACGAGCAGGGCCUGAGUAUCUUCGGCAUCCCACCCGAGCAGGUCGGCAGGGGCAGACUCGAGUACUGGGGCGAGCGGACCGCCACACAACUAGGGCGCGAGCCCGAAAUCCUCCUUCGGCCAGACCAGCUGAUUAUUCGUGAAGCCAUACGGCGGCGCAUGACGUUUAAGAAGAUGUACAUCCGAUUCAUGACCUACGGGUACGUAAGGCCUGAUACGCUUGUGGACUAUGCACCGCGCCAGUACGGGCGACGUAUCGUCGAACUCGAGGACGAGUAUGAGAUUGACGACACGGUCGGAGGUGUGGCGGCAUUGGGCGUCGGCGACGAGGGGUAUGACGAAUUACUGGACCUCGGACCCACGAGAAAUGGAAGUCAGUACACAAUUGUCAAAGAGGAGACUAGUGAGAAGGACAAAGAGAUGAGGAAGGAGCAGGAAGGGUUUUUGAAGUGGUGCCUUGCGUGGUGGGAGCGUGAAGCGAAGGGGUUGGCUCCGGACAUGGAUCUCGGUUGA